GUUGGAAGUAUCCCUUUUUGAAAUUGCUUAGCUUUUUUAUGGGAUGUUCCAUAAAUAUCAAAGAAAAAGCAGCUUCUCGCCGCUACAAAAUACUUCGACACCAUAUCGCGUUAUACAUGAAUCCAUAUCACUUGCAGAUUGUAUGCAGGAUGCCGGUUAUGGUACUUGUUCUUCGACUUUCCUUAGUUCCGGCUGUACCUCGGAAAAAGAUAUUUUCCCUGAAAGUAUAGAAGUUCAUGAACGUACCGGCGUUAGAUAUUCGUUACGGGGUAAGCGGCGUGUUGAUAUUCUGUCUGCCCUGAUGUCUUUUGAAAAAUCGGAAUAUAUACUUCUGAAAAUUCUUCGUUACCUGACUAUUUCUGACCGUCUUACAAUACUCAGCGUUUGCAAGUCUUGGUAUUCUUUGAAAUCGCACUUUCCACGGCUGUUUACCGCUAGUAGAAAGCAUGAGAUGACAAUAAAGGAGAAUUGGGCCAAGGGUUCACAGAGAUCAAAAACCAACCGCAAACCGUUAAGUGUGAUCAACUGCUUCAACCCCUGUACGAUUAAGAAUAGAGUUGACAAGUUUGAUACUAAGAAGGAGUUUUUGCAUCCAUGUCCCGUAUGCUCUGGAGUGGCGUUUUAUAGACCUAAUGAAUGGCCGAAUCGUUUGCAUUGUCAGGCUUUGGAUUGUGGUAUCUCUGUCUGUUAUAAUUGUCAACGGGAACACUCGCCCAGUGAUAAAUGUCAAACGACACCAGACUUACCAGUAUACAGAUUGUCUCCCAUUCAACCUCGGGCAUCCCCAACUCGCAGUCCAAGAGCCCGAGCCCGAUUAAUGAAGUCUUCUCUUCGUCGCUUGUAAUUGCUUGUUGAUUUUACUGUACCAUAGUUCUUUCAUAUGUACAUACUUUUUGUUUUAAACUGUUACCCGUAGUUUCUAUCAUAAUAUAUACUUGUUUUUGUCUGUU